AUGAAAUCGACUAACAUGGAUCCUUGUUCGGAUCGCCUCAGCACCUCUAGUGACUCAACCAGUGAAUCAGAAACAUCUUUACCACCGUUCCCAUACGAAAACCCAAACGCAAAUUAUUACAACCAAACUGAAAUUAACGAAAAGCAAUAUUUCUCGUGCAAACAAAAAACACAAAGAAACGAAGACAGAAAAGAGGUUUAUUUACAAGAGAGUAACAAAAUACCAUUCGAAAACUAUCUAUCACCGCCGAGAAACAAAAAAUAUUUGAAUUUCGAACUGAAAUUGCCGCAGAGCGACAACUUUUUUAAUCAAAUCGACGAUAGAGGCGCAUAUUUCGAAGUGCCUGUCAAAAAUUGCGUUCAAAAUGAGAACAACCCGAAUUUGGGCGACGUGAAAAUUGGUAACCAGCCAGUAUUUGAAAAUAUGAAUGAUAGAGACCGGGUUACACAAUCGUAUUUUAGUGAGAAUGACAACGGUAAUAUGAGGAGAUGUUUGAACUUCAAUUCCGAGCAAGUGCAGUGUGUAUGCGAAGCGUUACAACAGAAAGGUGAUAUAGAGAAAUUAGCGGCGUUUCUGUGGAGUCUACCAACGAGCGAGUUGUUGCGUGGAAAUGAAACUGUUUUGAGGGCCCGAGCAUUGGUAGCGUACCAUAGAGGCGUAUUCCAAGAGUUGUACGCCAUAUUGGAAGCGCACACGUUCCCGCCAAGACACCACAAUGCUCUACAAGACCUAUGGUUCAAGGCGCAUUAUGACGAAGCCGAGAAAGUAAGGGGCAGGCCAUUAGGAGCCGUUGAUAAAUACAGACUAAGGAAGAAAUAUCCACUGCCAAAAACAAUAUGGGAUGGAGAGGAAACUGUCUAUUGUUUCAAAGAGAAAAGUCGGAACGCUUUGAAAGACUGCUAUUAUAGAAAUAGGUAUCCCACUCCUGACGAGAAGAGGGCAUUGGCAAAGAAGACUGGUCUUACUCUAACACAAGUGUCCAACUGGUUCAAGAACAGGAGGCAGAGAGACAGGACACCGCAGCAGCCAAACAGAUCUGAGAUGUUGGUUCCCGCUCAAUACGCUGGUCCUCAGAACGGCCUGGCUCAGGCGUUGCUCCCGAACGCUUAUUAUCACCAGUUACAAGACCCCUCGCAUUAUAUGCAUAGCAAUGCUCCGUGA